UGAGUCGCUGAAAAUAAUCAUCCUUUCGGAAAAAUACCAAAUUUCGAAUUGGCUACCCAACAUGGGCGAACCAGCAGAGGAGCCCCAAUAUCCCAGCCUCGUGAAUGGCGUGGAACCGACACAUACCUAUAUACCAAAUAAGGGUUACCUUUCAACAAACCCAGACAAUGAGGAAGCAGGCGGAAUCGGGCUCCAGGACGAUGGAAGCUCGCAUCUAUUAGACAAUGGCGAAGACGAAGAGGAUGAAGAUUAUGAUGAUAUCUUUGACGAGGAGGAUAUGGAUGCUGGAGAAUUCGUCUCAUCAAACCCGGCGGAUUUCACAAAAUCUUACAACCGCCAACGAAAAAUUAACGAAACCGCCAAUGACCCAGAUGUUCCGAAAUCUCAACUCCCCAAGACGAACCCGCAACGACCUACCGCCAACCUGUCUGCAUCUGUAGAUGAUCAAAUAUCUUCCCUUUCACGACAUGCAGCAAAAAUUAAGCUGAAUGACCGUCAGGCUGGUCUGUCAAGCAAGGACGGCCGGGUCGGCGACAAGAGCGACCGCGCUACGUCUGAGCAGGUGCUUGACCCGCGCACUCGGAUGAUCUUGCUGCAGAUGAUCAAUCGCAACAUUGUCUCCGAGAUCAAUGGCUGUUUGUCUACUGGAAAGGAGGCCAACGUCUAUCACGCGGUGUACGAGCCCGAAGACACCGACGAGGCUGCGGAUGAGCCACCCGCUCCCCAGCACCGAGCGAUCAAGGUUUACAAGACAAGAAUAUUGGUAUUCAAGGACCGGGACAAGUAUGUGACAGGAGAGUUUCGUUUCAGAUCCGGUUAUAACAAGAGCAAUAAUCGGGCCAUGGUCAAGGUGUGGGCUGAGAAGGAAAUGCGGAACCUGAAGCGUAUUUACGCUGCUGGCAUUCCCUGCCCCGAACCAAUUCACCUUCGUCUUCAUGUUCUAGUCAUGGGUUUCCUCGGUGACAAGAAGGGUUGGCCUGCUCCUCGUCUCCGAGAUGUCGUGUUUGAUGGUCCGGACGCAGAAGACCGCUGGCAAGCCCUCUACCUGCAGCUGUUAGGCUAUAUGCGGAUCAUGUACCAGAGUUGUCACCUCGUGCACGCAGAUUUGAGUGAGUACAACUUGUUGUACCACAAGAACAAGCUUUGGAUGAUCGAUGUCAGCCAAAGUGUGGAGCACGACCACCCGCGAAGUCUGGAAUUUCUUCGAAUGGAUAUCAAAAAUGUCAGCGACUUCUUCAAGCGCAAGGGCGUUGAUACUCUUCCCGAAAAGACCAUUUUCGGUUUCGUCACUGCCAUCGAGGGCUCUCUCGAAGUGGCUGGCAUGGAGGCAACUUUGGAGACAUUGUACGCCGACCGUGGGGAGGCCGAUGAGGCCGAAGAGGAGGUUGAGAAUGAGGUUUUCCGACAACAAUAUAUUCCGCAGACCUUGGAGCAAGUGUACGACAUUGAACGUGAUGCCGAAAAGGUCGGCAAGGGUGGAGCAAAUGAUCUCGUCUAUCGUGACUUGCUCGCUGACAAAAUCGCCCAAGACCACGGCGAAGAAGAAGAACGUGAUGAUGAUGAAGUCUCUAGCCAGAUUUCAUCCGAGGGCGUUGACGACGAAGGAGAGAAAUCAUUUGAAGACCAGCAGCGGCCAAGGGGCAAGCGCUUCGAAGACAAGGAAACGAAGAAGGAACAUAAGAAACAAGUGAAGGAGGAGAAGCGAGAGCAACGCAAAAAUAAGAUGCCGAAGCAUCUUAAAAAGAAGCUGAUCAACGGCUCAACCAGACACAAGAAAUGAAGGAGAUAUUAGAAAUGAUCUUACGGUGUCUUAAAAUACCCACAUAGAAAUAUAUAUUCCUUCCAAGAGCAUGUACAGGUAUGCAAAAGAUAUCCAAGAAGAUUCUUACCUAUCGGAAUGAAGAAAACCAAAAUGUCCUCAUAUAAGCUAAGGAUGGUUUCCCUUGCGCGAAGCCUCCUAGCUGAAAUAAAGAGAAAAUGAAAGGGGAUCAUGACGGGUUGGAAAGCCCAGUGUUGAUCAAAGAGAGCCCUGACACGAGCUGCCUAUGAUACUGAUUUCUUUCGUAAGAUGUCUUGACGCAACUUGCUGACCGUGUGCUGAUUAGAGUCGUGUUUGAGCCUUACGUAAGGCCAGCUC